AUAUAUAUAUAUAUAUAUAUAUAUAUAUAUAUUAACAUGUCCCAAGUGUUGCCAUACAACGAGGAAAAAAUGACUCGCUAUGGCGAUGACGGCGAGGUUGGACAGCUCUCCUUCACCUGUCGUCACCAGGAUACCAAUAACUUCUUCGCAUCAGGACAAAACAAAAGACCCCCGAAACUCGGGGAGAUUGGACGAAGCAAAAGAGUUGUCAUUGAAGAUGACAGAAUUGAUGAUGUGCUGAAAAAUAUGACAGAAAAGGCACCUCCGGGGGUCUAAAAAGAACCCAAAGACAAUGGCGAAGGAAAAAUUCCAAUGUAUCACCUUUUUGGCAAAAGCACUUUGAAAUCCUUCACGAACGGGCCGUGACGAUCCCCACUGCAAGCGGCUGUAGCUUGCGAACAGAAAAGUCGAGGCAAGAAGGGAGUUCAUGAGGAAGCUUUUAAUGACGUGAAUUAAAAAGCAUAUUGAUUAUUCAGCCCCAUGUAAAAUAUUUAAUAACAAGGGUAUAUGCUACCAUACACAGAAGCAGUAUUGUGCACUUAUAUCUGGAAUAAACUCGAAGAAUCGACGCAGCUAAGCACAGUGAAGUAUGUAUCUCAAAUUUAUUCUGCUGCUGUACUUUCUAGCUGUAGUUCUGAAUGAGCACUUUUAUACAAUAUUGCUAAAUGAUUUUGUGCAUUUUUAUGUUAAACGCUGUUAAGUUUAAUGUCAUAGUUGUAUAUAGAAAACACACACACACACACUU